ACAUCGAAGGGACUCGGCUGUUUAUGAAGAGAUUAUUCGGAGGAUUCGACCGGAUUUGAACUAUUCGCGAAUCCGUAAAAUCUGAAAAAUCUCGAGGACAAUCCAUUCGCAUCAAGUUAGACAUCGCGGGAGACAAAUACGACGGAACUCUGUUUCGAAAUCCCUUAGAAACCCUCACCGAGGUGUAAACAGCCUCUCGCGUGAUGGAGAGUUCGGGCGAGAGAGCCUCGAGCAAUGCAGGAGCAUCUGCGCGUGGCGAGCGAAAGAGUAGUAGGGGCUCGAGGCAGAAGGCUGUGGAUUACCUUAGUAAGAAGUUCCUAAGAAAUUUCGAUCCAGAGCACAGCGAGCGGGAGAAGCGCAAGCUGUAUCGUCGAUUGUAUCAGAGCUACAGGAAGCACCUGUACAACGACGUGGGCAUCUUCAUACAGACGUCGGACAAUCUCUGCGACUGCCUGAAUCUGGACUGCCCCGGGUGCCAUUUCCCGUGUCCCAAAUGUUCCUCCCCGAAGUGCGCCCACGACUGCAGAAACAAUCGCAAAUGGACCUACGAUACCAUCCAGAGCGAAGGGACCGAUUCUGUGGUGAAAAAUCCACUGCUGAAAGAUGCCGAAACGAAGUGAGAAACGUAAACGCGAACCUGUAAAUAUCUGUACAUAAAGCGCAACCGAGAAUGCGCCCGAUUUUUAUUACUACUUUGAUAUAAAUUGUAUUUCGUGAUUGAUACUUGAUAAAUCCUUGGCGUGCAAAGAA